CAGCAAUGCUUCAUCCCAGUUCCCAGAUGAAAGCCCUUAUCUCAAUCACACCUCUGCAGAUGCUGUCAGCUGCCUUGUAUAAGCCUUCGUUGCGGUGCUCAGCCAGCGCUGGUAUCCCACAAGCGGCACACGGCUGACAGCACCAUCUACUAGACUUUCAAUCAUGCCUGGAACUCAUGCUCACGACUUUCAUGUCGCCAUAGUUGGCGCUGGAAUUGCGGGCCUCGCGCUAGCCAUGGGGCUCCAAAAGAAGGGGGUGUCGUUUACGCUCUAUGAAGAAGCAAAAGAGUACUCUGCCGUCGGCGCCGGCAUUGGCUUCGCUCCAAAUGGCCUGCAGGCGAUGGACCUCAUCGAGCCUGGUUUCCGCCCUAAAUAUGAGAAAAUAUGCGUUGGAAACAAGCCACCAAAUGCGCAACAUAUCUUCUUUGAGGGUCUGCUUCUCGAAGAAGGCCUUGGCAUGGACCAACCGUGGUAUGGCAAGUCAGCUUGGGGCCAUCCUGACUUCAAUCGCAAAUCGGCCCACCGAAAGACGCUGCUUGACAUUAUGACCAGUUUCAUACCUCUACAGAGUGUGAAGUUCAAUAAAUGUUUGGCCGAUAUCGAACAGCACACAGACAAGGUAACACUUCGUUUUUCUGACGGUGAGGUUGCCUAUGCCAGCGUCCUUGCAGGAGCAGAUGGAAUCAAGAGCAAAGUGCGAGAGCAUGUGUUAACAACCACAUAUCCCAGCCAGGUGGAGCCGGUAUAUGCAGGUGCAUACUGCUAUAGAUGCGUCAUUCCAAUGCAUGAAGCCGAAGCUAUCCUUGGGAGCCUCACAGGCGUUGCCAAGUUCUAUUUUGGCUACCAACGCGGUGCUGUCACUUAUCGGAUCUCAGGUGGAGAGGAAUUCAAUUUCCUUCUUUGCGCAGCUGAUGACAGCCCCUGGAUGCUCCACAAAGCUGUCACAGAACAGGUCACACAGGACGCCAUGCUGGCUGAUUUCGCAGGCCCUGGCGUAGACGACCGCCUUCGCCGGCUUCUCACAAAGGCAAAACCGGUCAAGUGGGGAUUCUUUCACCACCUGCAAACCUCGACAUAUUACCGCGAGCGCGUGGUCCUCUUGGGCGAUAGUGCCCAUGCUUCUCUGCCUUUUCAGGCGGCUGGCGCUGCUCAGGGCGUGGAAGAUGCACUGGUUCUUUCCAGCGUGCUUUCAGAGCUUGUCCAAGCUCAUGUCAUAGAUACGAGUUCGUCACUGUCCGUUCAAGCAGCUUUGAAUGCGUACGACUUGGUGCGGCGACCCAGGGCGCAGAAGCAGCUCGAGCAGGCUGCGGAAGUGGGCCGUAUGAUCUUUCUUCAGCAUGAAGAAGCAGGACGCGAUAUGCAGAAAAUUCUUCCUUUGCUGCAAAACGGUCGUUUUGACUGGUUGUGGUUCCAUGAUGUCGAAGGGGACGUGCAGGCUGCGUUAUCUCGAAUGAGGGAGGAGUGAUCUCAAUGAUCCAGGCUUGAGAGAGCGGAUAUGUGGUAGGACUGUGCUCAAUUGGUGAAGCUCGUCAAUAAAGGCCGAUGAUACAAGUUUCCAUGGGUUUUUAUCAGAAUAUGAGGGCUCGGGCAUCUUUCGUGAUAUGCUCUCAAUGUAUGCGGAUAUGGGACGGGAAACGAUUACUGCUUCAUUUUCGAAGACGACUAUGUCACACUCAGAUACCACUGUCGGAUAUUGUACAUCACAAACAACCCGGGUCCUGAUGAGAUUCAAGUCUUAUCACGGAUAUCGUGUUCUUCGAUAAGAGCUCCUCAUCCAC